AGAAAAACAAGCAAAAUGGUAAAGAAAACAAAGCGGCAAGAAAAGAAAAGCAAAGCAAAGCGGCAAAAAAAGAAAAGCAAAGCAAAGUGGCAAAGAAAAGCAAAGCAACAGAAAAGCAAAGUA